UGACGUCAUGCUGCAGCACCGGGAUGAACGGCGCAGCCGCGGAAGGAGGGAGGGCGAGUUUACAACGCAGCCACAACUCCUCCGCCAUUCAGCCAGACUGUCGACUGAACCGGGAGUGGCAGGAUCGAACAGCCGAAGAACCGGAGCCAGUCGUCAGCGUCCCUUUUUCUCUGUGAGACUCCCCACACCGCAGCGACAACAUGCGUGAGAUCGUGCACCUGCAGGCCGGGCAGUGCGGGAACCAGAUUGGAGCAAAGUUCUGGGAGGUGAUCAGUGAUGAGCACGGCAUCGACCCAACAGGAACCUACCAUGGAGACAGUGACCUGCAGCUGGACAGAAUCAACGUCUACUAUAAUGAGGCUUCAGGUGGAAAGUAUGUACCUAGGGCCAUCUUAGUGGAUCUGGAGCCCGGCACUAUGGAUUCUGUUCGCUCCGGCCCCUUCGGACAGAUCUUUAGACCCGACAACUUUGUCUUUGGCCAAAGUGGAGCUGGUAACAACUGGGCAAAGGGCCAUUACACAGAAGGAGCUGAGCUGGUGGACUCAGUCAUGGACGUGGUGAGGAAGGAGGCUGAGAGCUGCGACUGCCUGCAGGGUUUCCAGCUUACACACUCCCUGGGUGGUGGUACCGGCUCUGGUAUGGGAACUCUGCUCAUCAGCAAGAUCCGUGAGGAGUACCCCGAUCGUAUCAUGAACACUUUCAGUGUGGUGCCCUCUCCUAAGGUGUCGGACACAGUGGUGGAGCCCUACAAUGCCACCCUGUCUGUCCACCAGCUGGUUGAGAACACAGACGAGACUUACUGCAUCGACAAUGAGGCCCUGUAUGACAUCUGCUUCCGCACCCUCAAACUCACCACACCCACAUACGGAGACCUCAACCACCUGGUCUCUGCCACCAUGAGCGGGGUGACAACUUGCUUGCGUUUCCCUGGCCAGCUCAACGCUGACCUGCGCAAACUGGCCGUCAACAUGGUGCCCUUCCCUCGUCUGCACUUCUUCAUGCCCGGCUUCGCUCCUCUCACCAGCAGAGGCAGCCAGCAGUACAGAGCCCUCUCUGUGCCCGAACUCACACAGCAGAUGUUUGACGCCAAGAACAUGAUGGCCGCCUGCGACCCGCGCCACGGCCGCUACCUUACCGUGGCCGCCGUGUUCCGCGGCCGCAUGUCCAUGAAGGAGGUGGACGAGCAGAUGCUGAACGUGCAGAACAAGAACAGCAGCUACUUCGUGGAGUGGAUCCCCAACAACGUCAAGACGGCUGUGUGCGACAUCCCACCCCGUGGGCUCAAGAUGGCCGCCACCUUCAUCGGCAACAGCACGGCCAUCCAGGAGCUGUUUAAGCGCAUCUCUGAGCAGUUUACUGCCAUGUUCCGCCGCAAGGCCUUCCUCCACUGGUACACCGGCGAGGGCAUGGACGAGAUGGAAUUCACAGAGGCGGAGAGCAACAUGAACGACUUGGUGUCCGAGUACCAGCAGUACCAGGAUGCCACGGCUGAGGAGGGAGAGUUUGAGGAGGAGGGAGAAGAGGAGGUGGCCUAAUCUCCGGACUAAGGUCUGGCUAAAAUCACUCAUUAUCUCCCAACUGCACUGGUUAUAACUCUAUCCAACCAUCCAUCCACUUAUUACACUCCCACUCUGCUCUUUUUCUCUGACUUUUGUUUCACAGUACUCUCAUUUUCCUGUUCUCUUAUUCUUGUAAUCCUUCUCUCUGCCUCUACUCUCUCUCUUCCCCUUUCCUCCAGCCAGAUUCACAAAAUUAAAUUGACUCUCCCGUCUCAGUGCUCAUUGUAGAGGUAGCUAACACAGGUGUGCUUGUGGUCUUUUGUCAGCAGCUUUCUUGUUUAUGCUCAUUUAUCAUUUCAGUACCUGGGCCAAGUAUUCAAUUAAAGCGUUGAACUCAUGCACAUUUUAACACUUGUCUAAUUUGGAAUUGAUUGAAAUAAAUUUGUUGGAAAAUA